AUGUCAUUUACAUUCCCUAAUAACACAUCUAAUACCGAAUUCAAACUGCAUCAUUCUCAGCAUCAUCAUCAUCAUCAUCAGCAGCAGCAGCAGAAACAACAACACGAUCAACAAUCAAAAACCCCACCCUCAUCGAAUUUCGCCAAAUCUGCAUCCUCAACCAACAAUGAGAAUGCAACUACAGGAACCGCCAACAAACCAACCACAUCAUCUAUUAAAAGGCAACAGUUGAAACAUAAAACAUAUAAUGAUUCAAUAUCAUCCCUCACUUCAAAUACAUCAGAUUUGACGAUUUGUGAAUCAUCUUUACUAUCAACAUCAUUUGGAUCUAAACCAUUCCAUAAACCAGCUAGUUUGUCAACCGAUACUUUAGUUGAAGAGAAGCAUGUUUCAUCUUUACAACCACACCCACCACAAUCUUCAUCACAAGGAAAGCAUGCUUACAAUCAAUCAUUAGAUUCACAUAGAUCAUUACUUUCACUAGACGAAAAUGAAGAAGUGGAAGGCGACGAAAAGAAAAGUGAUAAAGCUAUACUAGAACAAAGUGAACCAAUGAGUGCAAUACCAAAGACCUCACUUCCAUUAAACACUGAACAUAAAUCGUUCGCCUUCUCAACUAAUACCACAACACCAGUACCACUGCCAGCACCACCAGCUGUAACAGUGGCACCUGCACUGCCAGUAGCAACAUCAUCGAUACCACGUCCUAAACUAGCUACAAUUCAAUCCUUGCCUCAUUUGAAAAAACAAGUAACUUCACCUUCUUUGUCAUUUGAUUUAUCCUUGAAAAAUAUCAAGCAAGAACAACAAAAGAAAUUAAACUUUAUACCCCUGCAAAAUUUCAAAUUUCAAAUUGAAAAAUUGUCCGAUAGAAUUAAAUAUCUUCCGUCGAUUGAAAUGAGUAAUCGAGUGGUAAAGUCAAAGAAUCUUGUUGUUGAUAUAAGGCCAUUUGUUGAAUAUUCAAAGUCACAUAUCAAAGAUAGUAUAAACAUUUGUUUACCUUCAACAUUGUUGAAACGAACCAAUUUUUCAUUAAUCAGAUCAAUUAAUUCAUUACCUGAUCUAGAAAAAAUUAGAUUCACCGAUUUCUUGAAUGAUGUAGAUGAAGCAUCAGAAUCAAGUAGGGGGGAUUUAAUUGUUUAUGAUUCAGUUCCAAAUUCAUCCAAUGUGUUUCAUAUUUGUAAUAAAAUUAUCAAUUGUCCAUUAUUUAUGAGUUCACCAAACAGAAAAUUACUUUUAAUGGAAUCUGACUUUAAUCAAUUUUAUGCUUUAUUCCCUGAAUUAUUUGCAUCUGGAGUAGAAGAUCGUGCUUCUGUCUCAGGUGCAGCUACCGACAAUUCUAACCUUGGCACAUCAGUUAAUAAUUUCUUAGCUCCGAUAAUUGUUCCUGGAAACGAUCCUAAUAAUGUUCAUGGCAAAUUACGAUCCAAUUCAUUAGCCGAAAUUUCUCCGUAUCAUAAAUCAACUCCAUUAUCAUCAAGUUCGAUGAUGUCAUUUGAUAAAUUAUCAGCGGCCACGCCAAUAUUAUCGAGCAAUUUCACAUUACCGUCAAAAACUAAAACUUUCAAACUUCGACACAAUGAAGAAUUGUUAAAUAAUGAUCACUUGUUUUCCAGUCCAGGGACGGCAACAACCUCGCAUAGUAAUGUCAAUCCGUUUGAACUUAAUAGUGCCCAAUUAUUCAAAUUGAAAAAUAUACCUAGUGAUCAUUCAAGAAUCCCAUUAUGGAUGAGAUCUACUAUAUUAGAUAGCAAUGAUACCCCUAUGACAAAUAAAAUUAAUCAGGAUUUCCAUCAACUAGAGAAGUUGGAACAAAAGAGAUUAUUAUCAGCCUUCUCAUUAGACAGUGCCAACUCACAGCACCACCACCAACAACGACAACCACUGCAAAAUCACGAAAGGAAUAAAAGUAGUGGUCGCUAUCAAGGUGAUGAUGACAAAGAAAAUAUAUCUCCAACAAAUCAGAAUGUGAAUGAGGAUGAAAUAAUUCCUAAGAUUAGUUGUGGUAUUGAGUUUGGUCAUAAGAAUAGAUAUAAAGAUAUCUUUUUGUAUGACCAUUCUCGAGUUGAAUUGGGUCAUGUAAAUAAGACCAAUGAAAAUGCAAAGGUGCUUGAGUUUGAAAAUUAUAUCAAUGCAAGUUUAAUUGAACCACCAGAAAAAUAUAACAAUAAUAAUCACAUUGAGAAUCGGUACAUUGCUACUCAAGGUCCAUUAGAUGAAACCAUGGGGGAUUUAUGGAAAUUGGUUAUCCAAUCUAAAAUCCCGCUUAUUAUCUCGUUAACUGAUUCUAUUGAAAAUGGGAUUAUGAAAUGUGCACCAUUUUGGCAAAGUGGGAUAUAUAAAUCUUAUAAGGAUACCAUUAAAGUUUCAUUAAUUGAAGAGAAUCGAUUAGAUGAAAGUUUGAUUUUACGGAAAUUUAAUGUUCGUUGUAAGUCAUCAUCAACAUCAUCUGCCAAUCCAUGUGAAUACGAUAGUGAAUCUCAAUUUGAUAGUUGUGAUGCAAUGGAGGUUUGUCAAAUUCAAUUGUUAUCUUGGCCAGAUAUGGGGACUUUAACUAAUCCCCAUGAUAUUUUGAAAAUCAUAAAAUUAAAACAAUCGAUUUUGGCCAAUGUUCAAAGUACCAGGAAGAAAGCUAGCAAAUGUGGCGAUGAUGAUCAAUUGACAACUUUGGUGCAUUGCUCAGCUGGUUGUGGUAGAACAGGGACAUUAUGUGUCAUUGAUACAAUUAUUAAUUAUAUUGAACAGAGUCGUCGGCAACAACAAAAGCAACAAUUACAAAAAGGGAUAUAUAACGAUUUUGAUAAUGAUCCGAUAUUUGAAAUUACUAAUCAUUAUCGAAAACUAAGAAUAUCAAUGGUUCAAACUUUAAAACAAUACUAUAUGAUUUAUGAAACCUUAUUAGAUUACUAUUGUAAUAACGAUGAUCAAGAAUAA